AUGUCGUCGCGACCUGUCGCCUUGCCCCCUACGCGCAAUAGUGCUGAGGAGGGCCGACUCUCUGCACUCAUCCAGCAAUACUCUCCCUUCUCCAUUCCAGGUUUCACCAACUCUCCCGGAGUCGCCCAACUGAUCCCCUAUAGGAACCGCGCCCUAUCCAUCCGCUCUAACAAGAGCCGUGGGACCUCGUCCCAGAAUGGCGGCCGGCGAGGCAAUGGCGGUGGCGGUUUCUCCUUCAACUCUCUCCGCGGCAAUGUUCAGCCCGAGCUAUCCCGCAAGCUGUACCGCCUGAUCAAGUCAGAGAACAACCUGAUCUCUGCCCACGAGGCUGCGGGCCGUGAGCGCGUGUCCAUUGCCACCCAGCUGUCUGAGUGGGGCGAGCACACCGGCGACGAGUCCAUCAGCGAUAUCUCCGACAAGGUGGGCGUGGUGCUCAGCGAGAUGGGCGAGCUCGAGGAGUCGUACGCUCAUGCACUCGACGAUUCACGCGCCUACCUCAAGGCCAUUCGCAACACGGAGAAGAGCGUCCAGCCGAGCCGUGAUGGCAAGAGCAAGAUCGCCGACGACAUCCAGAAGCUUAAGAUGAAGGAGCCGGAGAGCGCCAAGCUCGUCGUGCUGGAGCAGCAACUCGUCAGGGCCGAGGCCGAGAACCUCGUCGCCGAGGCGCAGCUGACCAACAUUACCCGCCAGAAGCUCAAGGAGGCCUACGAGGCUGAGUUUGCCGCCACUAUCGAACGUGCUGAGAAGCAGAUUCUCUUGGCCAAGCACGGCCGCCGUCUCCUGCACCUCCUCGAUGACGCUCCCGUGGCUCCUGGCGACGCUGUCGCCCCGUACCCGCACUCUCAGCAGGCUCGCCAGAUCCUCAACGACGCCGAGGAUGACCUGCGUGACUGGCAGCCUCAGCCAGACGAGUUCGGUGUCGCACCACCCCAGAACGAGCCGCUUCUCCGACAAGGUACUGCCGGCUCUGACUCUCUUGUGUCAUCCGACAGCCCGCUGCAGGGGAGCGGUGUCGGUCUCAAGGGAAAGGGUACUUCGACUUAUGACGAAGUGACGGAGUCGGCCAGUGGAACCCAGGGCGGUCUACGUGAUAACGAUGGACUGGCUGACGAGCGCGAGCAAGACGAGGCGCAGCUGCGUGCUUGA